AUGUUCAUGGGCAUGCUAGAGCUAUGGCAAUUCACGUGGUUCAUAGCUAUAGCUGGUGCAUUCGUGUCGUUCCACAGUACUUUCUGCCGUGGAUUUGUUCUACAGGGCAAAGUGCGUACCUCACCACAAGUGCCACGACUAUGGCUAUUGCGUGUAGAAGUGCCCAAGAGCUACUGGACGUGGUUCUACCUCAUUGGAGCAAUGCAUAGUAUCGUGCUGCUGGUAAUUGCACUGUUUUGGCAAAAGACGCACGUGGUUCAAGCUGCUCUACACUUUGCACAUCCUUCAAAAGGAACUGAUAUCAUUAUGAUCCAGUCACACACUAUCGUGUUCUUGACACUGUUUGCGAUGCAUACGACCCGACGCUUUUUUGAGUCACUACUGGUCACGGAAUUUGGAGACGCCAAGAUGCAUGCUUGCAUACUGUUUGUAGGCACGUAUCACUACGUUGCUACCGUGCUGUCUGUCCUGUUCGACCCGGACUCAAUCACGCUGCAUAAAGAGACUACGCUGCGUCAUGUGAUGGCUCGAUCGGGCGUCGUGCUUUUUGUCUUUGCGUCCUACCACCAAAUGCGCUGCAACUACCUUCUAGCUAAGCAAAAGCGUGCCAACAAUAUGAAGUACGUGAUCCCGCAUGGCGACUGGUUUGAUACUGUGCGCAGCCCGCUCUACACGACUGAAAUAAUGCUUUACGCAGGCUUUAUCCUAGUCACUGGUGGUACAAUCGCUAUGCUCAAUCUCAUCUCUGCCUGGGUCGUUACCAACCAAGUUCUCCUCGCCACAAUCAGUUCUGAAUGGAUUGAGGACAAGUUUCGUGAUCGACAGAAUGAGCUGCCCAAAUGGAAACUCGUACCAUUCGUUUGGUAA